GGACAAGUUUACUACAGUACAUCGCUCGAUUUAAUUGGGCGAUGGCAGGCGCGAUUCCGGCGGGUUGUUCCACAUUGCUCAUGUUGCUCGGGUUACUCCUGCUUAUCUGCACGGGUGGUUUACCACUAGUGCGUGGCGCAGACACGGUCUCCGCGGGCCGGCCGCUCUCCGGCAACCAGAAACUGGUCUCCGCGGGAGGCAAGUUCGCCCUGGGAUUCUUCCAGCCAAACGGAGGAGCCGCCGGCAGAUGGUACAUCGGCAUCUGGUACCACAACAUCUCGAUGCAGACCCCAGUCUGGGUGGCCAACCGCGACAGCCCGGUCCGGGACCCGGCCACGUCGCGCCUCGCCAUGGCGCCCGACGGCAACCUCGCCCUCUUCGACGGUAAUUCCUCCAGCUUAUCGCCCGUCUGGUCUACCAACGCCAACGCCAGCUCCAUCGCAGGCGCCACGGGCGUUAUCGCCGUGCUCCUCGACACGGGCAACCUGGUGCUCGCGCCGGCGUCGUCCAACGCGUCGUCCGCGGUGCCACUGUGGCAGAGCUUCAACCACGUCGGCGACACGUGGCUCCCGGGCGGGAAGCUGAGGCGCGACAAGCGCACGGGCGAGAUCCAGGGGAUGGUGUCCUGGAGAGCGCGCGGGGACCCUGGCACGGGCAGCUACGCGCUGCAGCUGGACCCGUCCGGGACGCCGCAGUACGUGCUGCUGUGGAACGGGACGCGCGAGUACUGGGCAACGGGCAACUGGACGGGCCGGUCCUUCACGGGCGCGCCCGAGGUGGCCGCGUCCAGCGGCGGCUCCGGGUACAGCUUCGAGUUCGUGGACAACGAAGUGGAGAGCUACUUCACGUACAACUUCGCCGUGAAUUCGACGGUGUACCGGUUCGUGAUGGACGUGUCGGGGCAGGUGAAAGGGUGGUUCUGGGUGGAGGCCACGCAGGGGUGGAACCUUGUGUACGCCGAGCCCAAGGACCCGUGCGUCGUGCCGCGCGGCUGCGGCGCUUUCGGCGUGUGCAGCGAGAGCGCUUCCGCGGCGUGCGACUGCGCCAGGGGGUUCCGCCCGCUGAGUCCAGCGAGCUGGGCUCUCGGUGAUUUCACCGCCGGGUGCGUGCGUGGCUCCCAGCUGCAGUGCGCCAAGAAUAGCAGCGGGGGCUUGAACAAAGUGGAGCAGGACAAGUUCCUUCGCAUGGAUGUCGUGAGGCUCCCGGAUGACGGUCGUGUCUUAACCGGAGCCGCGAGCUCUGGAGGUGACUGCCAGCGGGCGUGCCUAGGGGACUGCACGUGCUCUGCCUACGCCUACAACGGCAGCUGCUUCCUGUGGCACGACGACCUUUUCAACUUACAGGGCGGUGUCGGCGAGGGAAGUCGCCUCUACCUCCGUCUGGCGGCCUCGGAGCUCCCAGGCGCGAGGAGCCACAAAUGGCGGAACAUCAAGAUUGUCCUCGGUGCACUAGGCGUCUUCUGCUUCGUGAUCGCUGCCUCCAUUCUUCUCGUUCGUGUAACAAGGAAGAGAAGAGCAAAGAGAGUCAACGGUCUCACCAUCGGCGAUGGCUCUGUGACCAGCUUCAAGUACAAGGACCUGCAGUUCCUGACCAAGAAUUUCUCCGACAAGAUUGGCGGCGGCGCCUUUGGGUCGGUGUUCAAGGGCCAGUUCUCCGACAACACCGUCGUGGCCGUGAAGAAGCUGGAAGGGCUGCGGCAGGGCGAGAAGCAGUUCCGUGCCGAGGUGAGCACGCUGGGCACCGUCCAGCACGUGAACCUGAUCCGCAUGCUCGGCUUCUGCUCCGAAGGCGGCGACCGGAAGCUGCUCGUGUACGAGUACAUGCCCAACGGGUCCCUCGACCGGCACCUGUUCCGCAAGACGUUCUACGUGCUGAGCUGGAAGGCGCGGUACCAGGUGGCGCUGGGGGUUGCCAAGGGGCUGUCCUACUUGCACGACAAGUGUCGGGACUGCAUCAUCCACUGUGACGUCAAGCCGGAGAACAUCCUCCUGGACGGCAGCUUCGCGCCCAAGGUGGCGGACUUUGGGCUCGCCAAGCUCGUCGGCCGGGACUUCAGCCGGGUGAUCACCACAAUGCGCGGCACCAUCGGGUACCUGGCGCCUGAGUGGAUCAGCGGCGAAGCGAUCACGGCCAAGGCUGACGUGUUCAGCUACGGGAUGAUGCUGUUCGAGAUCGUGUCCGGGAGGAGGAACAUCGAGGAAGGGCAGAGGCGGUUCGAGAUCGAGAUGUCAUCGUCAACGGCAGCGACAGCUGAUGCCGGUGGAGAGCAAGCGACGGCAACGGCGACGUCGUUCUUCCCUUUGGUGGUCGCCAGGAGGCUAAUGGAGGAAGGGGAUGUGAAGCCGUUGCUGGAUCCCGAGCUGGAAGGGGACGCCAACGCCGAGGAGCUGAGGAGGGUGUGCAAGGUCGCCUGCUGGUGCAUCCAGCACAGUGUCGACGCGCGGCCGACGAUGGCCGUAGUGGUGCAGGCACUCGAAGGGUUAACGAACGUCGAGAUGCCACCGGUGCCUGUGUACCUUGAAGUGCUCGCUGGACGGCCAGCGCAUGAGACGGCGGACCAUAGCUUGUAUUACACGCCUGAUGCGGUGUAAUAAAAGUGUAAAACCGUGGAAUUGGCAAUGCUGUGGUAGUGUGAAAGUUAUUAUUUUCGCUCAAUUUUCUAGGCGCAGCUCGCUCAAUUUAAUUGAUGAUCUACGUGGGAGUGGACCGAGAAAAUUCUUGUAAGUCAAAAGUGAACGAACCUAAAUGUUUAAUAUUUCUCCAACAAGAA